AUGGAUAAACGUAGAGAUAAGAAUGAUGAAAACGAAAGCCAGUCAUUGUCGGAACCCCAAGAGUCUCAAGUGAUAAUAAAUAUGCCACCAGGCGAUGAAAACGCCCAUGUUGUGUAUUUGCCAGAUGCGAAUUUGGGCGCCACUGAGACGGAGACUUCGGUAGAGGAUCUGGAGAGCAAGCGCGUGUCCUUCGAUCAAGAUGAUGAGCCCUGUACAAGUGGACAGACCGCAGAAAAAAGUCGGAAAUCAAAGGAGGAGGUCAGCACUUUGUCUACUGAGAAUCUUGAGAGCAACACAGAGAGUCCAACCCCCAGACAAUUGCAUAAUGUCCUUCUCUACUGCUUCUCCCGCAAUGUGGAUACCCUGGAAUCCAGUCCAGCGGUGAUACUACAAAUUCCGCAAUACAGCGAACUGGGCACCCAAACGGCCGAGGUAAUAUCACAGCCCCGACGAUUGCGUUUGAAUCUGACCAACCUGCGAACAGAUCGAAAUGGAGCGCCCUGCGAAAGAUCCCAUCACACGAUCACCAUCAGGGGCAACAAUCUGCCGCCCAAUCCUCCCCAGCUGCGGCAAACGAUCUGUGCGCGAAUUGGUCGCUCAAUCGGCGAUUUUGUGGCAGCCUUCUGCCUUUGCCUGCAGGUCAACAAGGACUGUGUCUUCUGUCUGGGCUUCUUUGUGGCCUUUGUGAUCAGUUGCAGUUUCCUCACCGCCUUCUUCUACCGCACCCUCAGCUUCAGCUCAUCGCCGGUGCGAGUGGCCGCCCAUCCAGUGAGUGGCACCUCGCACUAUGAACUGGCCACACUAAAGUUCAAUGGGGGCUUCUACUAUAUCUACAAUAGCAACCAAAAGAAAUUUCUGUAGUGUA